AUGAUAAAUGAUAUUACACCAGAAUCAGCUGUGAAACAACGUGAUUUAUUCAAACGAUAUUGUAAUGAUGAAGAUAUUCUUAAUGAAAUUAUAUCUAGUGAAGAAGAAAUGAUCACUUCAGCAUCACGAACAGCUUCAAAACGAUCAGCUGAUAGUUUACCUGGUGAAGAAGAUCAACCAUCAGCAAAACGUACAAUGAAUAUGAUCAAAUCUCCACAUUCAGAUAAUUAG